UUCCAAAUGAAACUAUCAACUACCAAUGCUCUAUUUUAGCUAUGCUACUACUUCUUAGUCUCUUUCCAUUCAAGGUGUGAACCGAGCACGGAGCCACUUUAUUAUAAUUCUUCAUAAUGUUUUACAAAGAGUUCGUGUCUUUCGUUUUGUUUUUGCUCCUUCCGAUAAGUAAGGGCGCCAUACCGGGCACCUUUUUCUGGAGACCCCGACUGGGCAUAGAUUUGGCUAUCCCUACUACAGAGCCCCCGAUAGCAGCUUUUCAUCCUAAUAAGAAAAAUAUCCAGGCUGGGAUAGUGGUGUUGAUAGAGGGUUACGACAUCAUGACAUCCAUUCUCGGACUAUUGAAGGGCUCAGAUUUCGCGAAAGAAGAGACGAUGGACCCCACCUCAGGCCUAUACUACACUGGCAUCUACAGAUGGAUGUUGAGAACUUUAGAAUUAUUCCCACAUUGGUUGAGAGGCAAUUUCCACGACGCGCUUGGUGUAUGGAAUCGCCGUUUUAGACAUAUGGAUGCUGAGGUGCCUGUGUGGAUGAGAAAACUAUUACCCUGGGUACAUAAGGACUCUUGGGACAAAGAAAACACAGACUUGUUCAGAUUCAGAAAGUUUAGUGAACGAGCGUUUACUCAAUUCUACAGAUUUCCAUCAAAAGUAUUCAAUAACUUCCGUUCCUUCUUGUCUCAAUCGACAGAAGAAUUUGUUUUCUCUUCAGCUUCACGAGAGACAACGACACCUGGACAACAGGAGGGGCAAAAGGAGGGGCAAAAGGAGGAGCAAAAGGAGGGGCAAAAGGAGGAUGUAGCAGUGUCGGUUUCCCCAUAA